CCUAGUGAGUUCAAAAAGUCAAGUUCCUUUAAUAACGAGUUAAAGUAUCUGCUGUGCAAGUGUAUUAAAUUUAAUUUACCGAGACUCAAAAUGUAUUCCCAGAAUUUUGACGUAAAAAAUCCUGCAAUGCGAUGGAUAGAAACCAUAGUUCAUUUACAAGUUUCGUUAUAUUUUAUCAGUGGUGUAAUAUGCUGUCAUAGCAAUGACUUGGAAACAUUAUGUGAUUUGGGCAAGAGUGAAUUCAUGAUUGGAGAGACAGGUAAAAAUUCUUCAGGCCAUGUAAUUUUUACGAAGACAAUUACUGAGGGGAAAACUUAUAAUUGUUCCUUGGAUUUAAUAGCUCCUGAAAUGUACAAAUUAGUUCUAAGCAUAGAAAAACUGGUGUUAGAUAACACAUGUGACAGUUACUUGCAAUUCAUCACCACUUCUACCACAGCCCAUUUCUGCAAGUCGUUCACAGGGAUUCAUGUUUUUGGAGCUAAUACACUUAUAUUUGAGGAUAACGUAGUGAAAAUAAAAAUAACGAAAGGUAGCAAAGCGAGGAAACUUCCUGCAUUUAGCAUUACAUACACAGCUGCCGAAAUAUUCAAUGGUAGUAACUGCAUUGAUAAUUCAUCGUAUAUGUGCAACAACGGUCUCUGCAUCUGGGGUAAACUUCACUGCGAUGAUUUCAACAACUGCGGAGAUUUUUCCGAUGAAAUUUGUGUAAAAAACACCUCCCAUUGUUCUCGAAAUUUACCAUAUUUUAAAAUGAAUCUGUAUGCUAUUAUUGGAUUAUUCUUUAUUGUACCUAUGAUUCUAAUCCUGAGUUCCUUGUGCGUUGGUGUUUGCUUGUUUAAAUGGUACCAGUCAAAGCAUAGCGAAGUUAUGAAAGAGUCAAGAAGCUCAGAAUCAGAGAUGAACGUAUUUAAAAAGAUAAGAUUUCCUAAGAUUGAAAAUAUUGCAUCACGAAUAGAUUGAGAAAUGUUUCAAAAAUCAUUACAGAAUUUGUUACGAGAGGUGUUAACAUUCUACGUAUUCAUUCAUUAGAGUUUCUGCUUUAUUUUCCUGCUUUUUCGUAUUAAUAAAAAUUACAGUGAAACUAAGUUAUGUGGUAAAUGCACCGAGUGUAGUUUGAUGUUAACUUAUAUGUGUUAUCAGCGAAGUAUUCA